GAUCAACCAACACAGCCUGAUGCAAAGACGAAUACGAGACUGUCCCAAAACGUCACAUCUCCCUGCUCAACACACAUUAAUUUCACUAGGCAAUGGCAAUAUCUCACCGCUCCGGCAGUGGCAGCUUAGCCCUGGUCGUCGUUGCCAUUUGCAUCCUCCCAGCCUGCAUCUCCAACAAAAUUUCGCUGGAGAUUUUCGACAGGGCAUGCCAUUGCUUCGAUGAUCACAAUGUGUACAAGGAGUGCGCGGAGGAGCUGAGGCUGGGCGUGGAGGGUGCGUUCCACGUGGGUAGCGGGAGCGUGGAGGAGUACUGCGGCGGCGCGUGCUUGGCGGAGACGGAACUCGCGCUGCAGUGCGUCGAGGAGAUUAUCGCCCACGACGAGGGCGAUGGCUACAGCUUCAGGUUCUCCAACGGCGCCUCGCUACCGGCCGUCCAGGCAGCGCUCCACACCAGCUGCAGCUACACACCCGAAAGAGGGACCUUCGAGAUACGUGGUGAGCGCACGGAAUGCGGCGACCAGGACGGCGCGCACGAGGAGACGCAGCUCGGGUACCACGAGGAGGGCGGCCAGCAGCAGUACCGGGGCGGUGCGUUUGGUGACUACUGCUCCGGCGCCGCUGCGCCAAGCUUGGCGCACAUGACGCUCCUUUUGACCAUCUUCGUCCUUUCCGCGUCGACACUGCUUGAUAAUUUCGUGAUCGAUGAUGUGCCGUUCUUGUUCUAGAAUCGGAUUAAAUUAUCUUGACGACAUAUCAGUUGGAAACCUAUGUUUGGUGAAACUUAAAAUAAUUUUCACUAUGAGUGGGCGUAAAAAAUCAAAACCGACGGGUACAAAUAUCGGUUGCUAAGUGUGAUUAGCGAAUUUAAUUUGGUGACUUCGGUUAUCGUCUUCGGACCAAACUAAUACUACCUCCGUCCAUAAAUAAUAGGCAUCUUAGCUUUA